CCGCUGGACGACGAGCCAGAUGAGCGACCUCCCCGUCAAAGUGAUCCACGUGGAGAGCGGCAAGAUCCUCACCGGCACCGACGCGCCCAAAGCCGGCCAGCUGGAGGCUUGGCUGGAGAUGAACCCGGGAUACGAAGUGGCUCCCAGGUCCGACAGCGAAGAAAGCGGGUCGGAAGAGGAGGAGGAGGAGGAGGAGGAGGAGCAGCCGCAGCCCGCUCAGCCCGCCCUGCCCGUGGAGGAGAAGAAGAAAAUCCCCGACCCCGACAGCGACGACGUCUCCGAGGUGGACGCCAGGCACAUCAUCGAGAACGCCAAGCAGGACGUGGACGAUGAGUACGGGGUGUCCCAGGCGCUGGCGCGGGGGCUGCAGUCGUACUACGCCGUGGCGCACGCCGUCACCGAGCGGGUGGACAAGCAGUCCACGCUGAUGGUCAACGGCGUCCUCAAGCAGUACCAGAUGGGGCUGGGCAAAACCAUCCAGACCAUCGCGCUCAUCACGUACCUCAUGGAGCACAAACGCAUCAACGGGCCCUUCCUCAUCAUCGUCCCGCUCUCAACUCUGUCGAACUGGGCGUACGAGUUUGACAAGUGGGCUCCUUCCGUGGUGAAGGUCUCCUACAAGGGCUCUCCGGCAGCGAGACGAGCCUUCGUGCCUCAGCUCCGCAGCGGGAAAUUCAACGUCCUGCUCACCACCUACGAGUACAUCAUCAAGGACAAGCACAUCCUGGCCAAG